AUGGCCCCAAAAGGCGGUCUGUGCAGAAAAGGCUCGGGACGAGGCCGCGGCAGCCUCCCGCGGGGGCUCUCGGGCCAUAUUCCGAGCGGCACCGGCACAGGCCCGGGCUGGGGAGAGAGGGCGGAGGAGGCGGCCCAGAGGGGGCCUGGCGGGAGGACUUGGGCUCAGGAGGCGGAGGUGGGACGCCGGCCGGAGGGCCUCGUGGCCUUCCCCUGCCGCGAGGGUGCCCACGCCAGGGCAGAGGGAGGCACGACACAGCUGGUGUCGAGGGGCGAGACGGCCGGGCCCGGGGGCUGGACGCGGCGGGGAUCGGUCCUGCUUGGCGGGCGGCCGGGCUCGGGGCUUCGCUGCGAGGGCCGCUCAGAUCUUGGAGAUGAGCCGAGGCGCCGGGCGCCCCGAGCGACCCAGGCUGAGGCUGUCCUCCACCCUGCCGGUGCCGAGCUCUUCACGCUAUCGCCUGGGUUGGCCCUCACAGCCCGGGGACAUGAGGCCGGGCACGGGCCCCCGGGGGAGCCGGCGUUCAUCCUAGAAGAAGGCCUCUUCGGUGGCGAGGGCAGGGGGAGAGCCCAACGGUCUGGGAAGGGGCGAGCCUGGAGCAGGGGGGCUCCUCCUGGGCCGGAGCUGAGAGAGAACUACAGCACCCAGCAGCUGGCCCUCGAGCAGCUCCACCGCAUCAGACGGGAGAAGCUGAGAGAGAUCGAGCGGAGGAGAGCCGACACCGAGGCCACGAGGAAAGCGAAGCAAGACAAGGAGAACCUGUGGCGGGAGAGCCUGAAGCAGGAGGAGGAGGAGAAACAAAGGCGCCUGGGCGAGGAGAGAAGCCGCCAAGAGCCGCCCAGGGCCGAGAGCACGUCACGGGAGCCCCUCGCUCAGGCCUCGGACCCCGGCACAUCGGCCAGCUGGGAGAGCUACAGGGCCUUGUACCCCUUUGAGGCGAGGAGCCACGACGAGAUGAGCUUUAAUGCCGGAGACGUGGUGCAGGUGGACGAGAAGACCACGGGGGAGCCCGGCUGGCUUUACGGCCGUUUCCAGGGCCGCUGCGGCUGGUUCCCGGGGAACUAUGUGGAGAGGCUGUCGGCCGCGGAGAAGCUGCCGUCGCCCAAGAAGGCCUUGUUGCCGCCGGCGGCCUCUCUGUUGACUACCUCACCGACUCCCCCCGAGUCCCGGGCCUCGGGGCAGCCCGGCGCAGACACCGAGUACCAAAACGUGCCCUUCUCCGGCCUCGCGGCCGACGCCUCCUGGCAGAAGAAAUCCGCCUUCACACGCACUGUGUCCCCCGGAUCGGCGUCUCCCGUUCACGGGCAGGCCCAGGCGGGGGAGAGCCUGAAGGCGCAGGCGCUGUGCUCGUGGACCGCCAAGAAGGAGAACCACCUGAACUUCUCCAAGCACGACGUCAUCACGGUCCUGGAGCAGCAGGAGAACUGGUGGUUCGGGACGGUGCACGGCGGCCGCGGCUGGUUCCCCAAGUCCUACGUCAGGAUCGUGGCGGGCCCCGACACCAGGCGGGAGGAGCCAGAAGCCGUCUACGCCAGCGUCCAGCGGAAGCCGAGCGGCGCCGUCCCUGCGCUGGGAGAAGAGUACGUGGCGCUCUACUCCUACUCGAGCUCGGAGCCCGGAGACCUGACCUUCACCGAGGGCCAGGAGAUCCUGGUCACCCAGAAGGACGGAGAGUGGUGGACGGGGACCCUCGACGGCCGGGCCGGCAUCUUCCCGUCCAACUAUGUCAGGCCAAAGGACCCCGAGGGUCCGGGCAGCGCCGGCCGGGCCGGAGCCCUCAACAAGAAGCCAGAGAUCGCCCAGGUCACCUCCGCCUACGCGGCCUCCGGGGCCGAGCAGCUCAGCCUGUCCCCCGGGCAGCUCAUCCUGAUUCUGAAGAAGAACCCGAGUGGCUGGUGGCAGGGGGAGCUGCAGGCCAGAGGGAAGAAGCGGCAGAAGGGAUGGUUCCCGGCCAGCCACGUGAAGCUGCUGGGCCCGAGCGGCGAGAGAGGGACGCCGGCCCCCCCGCCAGCGUGCCAGGUCAUCGCCAUGUACGACUACGCCGCCAGCAACGAGGACGAGCUGAGCUUCUCCAAGGGGCAGCUCAUCAGCGUGCUGAGCCGGGACGACGCCGACUGGUGGCACGGCCACAUCGGAGGCGCCGCCGGCCUCUUCCCGGCCAACUACGUGAAGAUGACCACCGACUCGGACCCGAGCCAGCAGUGACGCUCUUGUCUCCCCGGCAGCGUGACAGUUCCUCAGAGACCCACUAUCCUCCCGGGCUGGCUAGAGCGUGGAGGCC